UGAGAAAACUUUAAGUAAGGAAGAAACUUCUGAAAGUAAUGAGUCUGGGAGACACUUAAGUCUGAGAUCAAUUCUAAUUACACCACAGAAAGUUCCUAUAGUAAAUAGUGUCUAUAAAUAUAAUAUGCAUGAAAAGUGUUUUAAAGAUGAUUCCCAAGUAACUAAAUGCCCCCAAAUCUACACAGCACAGAAACCUUUUAUAUGUAACGAAUUUGAGAAAGCCUUCAGGCAUAUUUCACAACUGAAACUUCGCUAUACCCAUCAUUCUGGAGAAAAAUCCUACAAAUGUAAUGAAUGUGGGAAAGCCUUCACCAAAUGGGCAAAUCUUACUCGUCAUCAGAGAAUUCAUUCUGGAGAAAAACCCUAUAAAUGUGAUGAAUGCGGAAAAGCUUUCACACAAAGGACACACCUUACUCAGCAUCAGCUUACUCAUAUUGGAGAGAAACCAUUUAAGUGUAAUGAAUGUGGAAAAGCUUUUUUCCAGCGGACACACCUUACCCAACAUCAGCAUACUCAUAUUGAAGAAAAGCCAUUUAAGUGUAACGAAUGUGGGAAAGCCUACAGUUACAUUUCACAGCUUAGUCUGCAUCAAAGAAUUCAUUCGGGAGAGAAAUCUUAUAAAUGCAACGAAUGUGGGAAAGCCUUUACCAAAUGGGCAAAUCUUACUCGACAUCAGAGAAUUCAUUCUGGAGAGAAACCCUAUAAAUGUAAUGAAUGUGAAAAAGCCUUUUCACAGAGGGCACACCUAACUCAGCAUCAGCUUAUUCAUAGUGGAGAAAAACCAUUUAAGUGUAAUGAAUGUGAGAGAGCUUUCAGCCAGGUUUCACAACUUAAUCUUCAUCAAAGAAUUCAUUCUGGAGAAAAACCUUAUAAAUGCAAUGAAUGUGGGAAAGCCUUCACCCAACGGACAAUCCUUACCCAACAUCAGAAAAUUCAUUCUGGAGAGAAACCCUUUAAAUGUAACGAGUGUGGGAAAGCCUUUACCAAGCGUUCAAACCUUACUCAACAUCAACAUACUCAUAUUGGAGAGAAACCAUUUAAGUGCAAUGAAUGUGGGAAGGCUUAUAGCUACAUUUUACAGCUUAAUAUUCAUCAAAGAAUUCAUUCUGGAGAGAAACCCUUUAAAUGUAAUGAGUGUGGGAAAGCCUUCACCAAGCGUGUAAUCCUUACUCAACAUCAGAAAAUUCAUUCUGGAGAGAAACCUUAUAAAUGUAAUGAAUGCUGUAAAGCUUUUACCAAGCAAGCAAACCUUACUCGACAUCAGAGAAUUCAUUCUGGAGAGAAGCCUUAUAAAUGUAAUGACUGUGGCAAAACCUUUACCCAAAAACCAAACCUUACUCAACAUCAAAAAAUUCAUACUGAAGAUAAGGUCCUUGCACAUGGUAGAUGUGUAAUUAAUGUUUGUUAAAUUGAAGCAAAUUAAAACAUUUUGCUGAAAUCUAAGUAGCUUAUGUCUACAAUAUCACUGUGAUCUACAAGUUCAAAAAAAAUUUUUUUUAGUCUGGCAUGACCUAUUUGUGAUGAAGUUAUUGUCACUUUAAAAUAAUGCUUCUUUUCAAACUACUCACAAAGCAUCCCCUAAUGAUGUGUUCUAGAAUUUUGC